AUGAGCUCUCCCGACGAGGUGUCCGUUUGGGGGGCCGGUUUCGACCUGGAGGGUGGCGAGCAGGCUGGCACCCGCACAGUCAGCCGCAGAGCCCCACGGGGCCACGGCCGUGGCCGAGGCCUCCAUUUGGGGGCACCGCGCAGCGGCAAGGGCCAGAGCAGGUUCACAGAUCCUGAGGGCUUCAGCUUCGAGCCUGAGAGCGAAUUGAUAGAGCAAGGAAGGGUGGUGCUCUGGGGCCGGGAAGGCCGGCCUGGCACCCCCGUCGAUGACCAAGGGGAUGGUGUGGACUACUCUUUCUACCUGGCUGAUGAGCCAGCCACCAUCAUGCCGCCGUCCAGCGUCCAGGGACACCCGUUCCCUGAAGGCGCCACUACUGAAGGGUCUGCUGAAAACCGGGUGGACCCGGAGGUCGAUCCCAGUGGGAGUGGCGCACUGGGCCCCAGCCCUGGAGAAUGGCAGCAGGCCUCUGCCAGUCGUCUCCACCUCUGUGGUCCUGGGUCAGGCCGGGCCUGGAAGAACCCAGAAAGGGGCUCGAAGAGCAGAUUGAGCGUCCAAGUGGAUCCCCAGCAGCCUUCUGCAAAAGGCCCCACCAGGAUGUCUACCCACGACUCUGAUUCCGCAGAUGAGACCAGUGACUUACCACUGAUGAGGGUGGGCAUUCGCCGCAACGAAGGAAGCCAGGCCAAGCCCGGCAGCCCCAAGAAGCCAGCAGACACAUCCAGACACGCAGGCUUCCACUGCAAGGAAAGUUACCUGCCCGUGCCGGGCCGUUUCCUGACCUCUGCUCCCCGCGGACUCACUCCAGUCAUGGAGAGGCCGGCUGUGGGAGAGCUGGAGGACUCUCCCGGAAAGAAAAUGCAGAGCAGGGCCUGGGGAAAGGUGGAGGACAGGCCCAGCUGCUCAAGAGCUGCCACUGCAGGGGCCGUGCCCCGGGGCCCUUCAAGGAGGAAGAUGGCCCAGGAGAAGAAGUCCCAAGGGGGUGCCUCUCAGCUGGCCCUGGGGAGAUCCUUUCCUGCCUGCGGAGAGAGACUCUCAGCCGCUCCCCCGGAGCCGGCCACCUCCCAGCCCUUGUCUGGUGUGCCGCCCCAGGGGAUCUCCAAGAAACGACAAAAGCCUAAGCACAGCAGCCCUGGGAAGAAACCUGCAGGAAGAAAGACCAGGGAGUCCCAGGUUGUGAUCAGAGAAGAUAAUGACCCAAAUAGAGAUGAGGUCCCAAGGGCCCAACUUCCCACACACAGGCCAGGGCUGCCUCGCCUAUCCGUGCAUCGUGGAGAACUCAGCAGUCCCAACCCCAACAUCAGAGCUCCCCAAGUGCCGGGAACUUCAGAGCCCUCUGCCUACAGCCUGGGAGGCCUCCUGCCCAGACGCCAUGCACCCUCCG